UCCAGCCUGCGAGAGCCGUCCCCUCCUCCCUCCCUGCUCAGCGCGCAGCCAUCCUCAACUCCACGCAAACCUUUCCACCAGCCCCUCUCCCCCAUUCCCCGUUCCUCCCUCCGCCCCGCCAGCCCAGCCGGCAGGAAAGUGGCACCCCUCCUUGCCUGUUAUCGCUUCGCCCGCUCCCCCUUCUCCCUCCCUAUUGCCGGAGGAAAAAGUGUCAGAGCAGGGAGCACGUAGCAACAGGAUUCUGGGAUGAAGAAGAUUCGGCAGCAGCAUCUCCGGGAGCCGGUGACGCCAGAGCUCCUGGUGAGCCCCAGCAGCCAGGACGGGGACCUGGGCUCUGAGGGCCUAGAAGACAGAGGGAACUGGACAGGGCGGCUGGAUUUCCUCCUCUCCUGCAUCGGAUACUGUGUGGGCCUCGGAAACGUCUGGAGGUUCCCCUACAGGGCUUACACCAAUGGAGGAGGAGCUUUCCUGGUUCCUUAUUUCAUCAUGCUGGCCAUCUGUGGGAUCCCCAUCUUCUUCAUGGAGCUGUCACUUGGCCAGUUCUCCAGCCUGGGGCCACUCGCCGUCUGGAAGAUAAGCCCUCUCUUUAAAGGCAUUGGCAUGGGCACGAUCCUCAUCGUCUCCCUGGUGGCCAUUUACUACAAUAUGAUCAUUGCUUACGUUCUCUUCUACCUCUUUGCAUCCCUCACAAGCGACUUGCCCUGGCAGCACUGCGGCAACUGGUGGAACACCGACCUGUGCCUGGACCACCACAUCAUCAAGGCAGGGAACACCACCUUCCCCAUCAACAUCACCAACACCGUCAGCCCCAGCGAGGAGUACUGGAGCCGAUAUGUCCUGCACAUCCAAGGGAGCUCUGGGAUUGGGGAUCCUGGGAGGAUCCGCUGGAACUUGUGUCUGUGCCUGCUCCUUUCUUGGACUAUUGUCUAUCUGUGCAUCCUAAAGGGAGUCAAAUCCUCUGGCAAGGUCGUGUACUUCACUGCCACCUUCCCAUACCUCAUCCUGGUGAUGCUGCUCAUUCGUGGCGUCACCCUGGAGGGAGCCUGGAAGGGGAUCCGGUUUUACCUCACACCCCAGUUUGAUCACUUGCUGUCUUCCAAGGUGUGGAUCGAGGCAGCCUUGCAGAUUUUCUACUCCCUUGGGGUAGGCUUUGGGGGCCUCCUCACCUUUGCCUCAUACAACACCUUCCAUCAGAAUAUCUACAGGGACACGUUCAUAGUGACCCUGGGCAACGCCAUCACCAGCAUCCUGGCAGGGUUUGCCAUCUUCUCUGUUUUGGGAUACAUGUCCCAGGAGCUUGGGGUCCCUGUCAACCAGGUGGCAAAAGCAGGUCCUGGCCUGGCUUUUGUGGUGUACCCCCAGGCCAUGACAAUGCUCCCCCUUUCUCCAUUCUGGUCUUUCCUGUUCUUCUUCAUGCUGUUAACCUUGGGCCUGGACAGCCAGUUUGCCUUUAUGGAGACCAUUGUUACGGCAGUGACAGAUGAAUUUCCCUACUACCUGCGGCCAAAAAAAGCUUUUUUCUCAGCUGUCAUCUGCAUUGCUCUCUUCCUGAUGGGGCUCAUCCUCACAACAGAGGGUGGGAUGUACUGGCUGGUCCUACUGGAUGACUACAGCGCUGGCUUUGGUCUCAUGGUGGUGGUGAUCACUACCUGCCUCGUGGUGACACGUGUCUAUGGCAUGAAGAGGUUCUGCCGAGAUAUUCACAUGAUGCUGGGCUUCAAACCAGGGCCAUACUUCAGAGCCUGCUGGAUGGUCUUGUCCCCAGCAACAAUGAUGGCUCUGCUGGUGUACAACAUCAUCAAGUACCAGCCCUCUGAGUAUGGCAGCUACCGCUUCCCUGCCUGGGCUGAGGUCUUGGGCAUCCUCAUGGGAGUCCUCUCCUGCCUGAUGAUUCCCCUGGGCAUGGUGGUGGCUGUGCUCCAAGAAGAAGGGACGCUGUGGGAGCGAGUCCAGCAAGCCAGCCGGCCCGCCAUGGACUGGGGCCCAUCGUUGGAGGAGAACCGGACUGGCAUGUAUGUGACAAGCCUGGCCGGCAGCCAGUCCCCCAAGCCGCUGAUGGUCCACAUGCGGAAAUACGGGGGCAUCACCAGCUAUGAGAACACGGCCAUUGAGGUGGACCGGGAGAUGGAGGAGGAGGAGGAGGAGGAGUCCAUGAUGUGAGGGGACCCAGCACCCUGUGGGCUGGAGGGGGCUCCCCCCUCCAAUUUGCACAGGUUGCACUGCGGCACUUCAGGACGGUUCGUGGGGGUCUUUUGGGGAGCAGUAGAGAGCUGCUGACCCUGCCGACCUCCUCACCACUGCCCUGGUCCUGCCAGGAAGGAGCUGCUGCCCGCCCCAGUGCCCCUGAAGUGUUUCUGUUCAGUAUAGCAAGCUGUGUGAUGAGUCUGUGCAUUCAUGUGGUGGUGUCUGGUUCGAGCAUCCGGGCUGCCCCACUCUCACCCUCGGCCCCAGACCUGCCCUCCCCGUGCAGGGAUGCUUGGGCUGCAGGGAUGCUCGGGCUGCAGGGAUGCUCAGGCUGCAGGAGCUGGGGAGGAGGAAGAGGUUCUCUGUGUUGGACUGUUCUCUGCUCAUGUGUAUUUAACUCCAAUAACCUACAAACACGUGCAAGAAAGGAUUGUAAUAUCCUCCGUGUCCUGAGGACAGUGUGUGCUCUGUUCACAUGAAGAUACUCCAGCAAAACCAGCACAAAUCAAUGUCCUGCUAAAGAAAUCUGACCUAAUAAAUGAGCAGUUAAAAACAAUUUGA